UUAUAUAAUAUGGCGUCGUUGUAGGAGUAGAGACACGAGCUCGGCAUCGUCGAACUGGAACGCAACAGCGACGUCCAGCGACGGGAAAGCGAUUCUGUGGAAUUUAAACACUGGCGGGGAAUACGAGAUAAUGGUGACGUGCCGGGACGAGAUGAGCGGUGAAUCAAUGUUCAGCAAGUCCAUACUAACAAGUCGCUCGAAAGAAUCCACCGGCCGGUCGACUGAAGAAUUGCGCGAAAAAUCUUCAAGUCUCGUCGUUGAUAACCUGCACCCGUUCGACAUUCGAGUUGAACGCUCUGGUACCGGUUACAAUGUAUCGUGGACGAUGGACAAGUCCAGCGUUGAACAUCGCGUCAAGCGGUACGUGGUGAAGUGGUACGAUGCGCGCGAUGGCUCAGAACUCGGGUCGGCGUCAACCGCGGCCAACAAGAGAUACAUAGUGGUGGAGCUGGCUGGUGGUAAGACCUACGGGAUCCUGGUAACGGCCACCGCGGCGGAUGGCCGACAGACUUCCGUUGGCAGUCGUUCGUUCCAUUCUCCGGCAUCAGCGUUGACAGCAACUACCACGUCCUCGUCGCAAUCGACGGCCUUCACCAAAUACUAUUAUAUGGCACUGUUUGGUCUGCUAAUCGUUGGCUUCAUCGUGUUGUGCUGCAAUUGCCGUGGUGGCAAGGCCAGAUGAAAUUGUACGAACGACAAACAUAUAGGUACCGAUCCACCGACAAACGAUAACCGCGGUAUCACAUGCGCCAAACUUUAAGAAUAUUUAUUAUUUAGGUACCUAUACUAUUAUAUCGGUAGCUGGAAAAAAUAUACUUGGUAGAAAUAAUACUCCCCUCAAAAAAAAAAAAAAUAUCUGUGGAAAAAAUACCAGUUUAUUUUUAAUUUGCAUACACAAAUAUUUUUAACAUUUGUAAUUUGUGAAUAUCCCUUUAAUAGCGUAUUUAAAAUAGUGCGACAAUACUAUCGCAAGAAAUAUAAUUUUAAUGUUAUUAUAAUUUAUAAUAUUUU